CAUAUUCUUACCCACACCUCCCUCUCACAUCAGUAUGAAACCAUGGCCACCGUCGCCAUCCAGGAGAUCGCCACCCAGUCCGCGAACCUGCGCGCGGAACUGAAAGAAUGGGAGAGAGCCUUUGCCGACGCCAACGGGGGAAGAAAGGCCGCGCGGAAUGAUAUCAAGAAGGUUCCUGAGAUAGCCGCAAAAUACAAAGAAUACUCCCGCCUGAAAGCCCUCGAAACCUCCACUUCCACCUCCACCAGUACGAGUAAACUCGAAGAACGGCCCAAAAAGCGCAAGCACCCCUCAGACACCACUCCUCGGAAAGCGAGCAAACACGCCUUCGAAACGCCCUCCAAAGCGCGAACCGCCCACCCCGCGACCGUCGACCCCUACGACUCCCCCUCCGUCCUGCGCCGUCUCUUCAGCCCGAGCACCCACCUCCCCUCCGCCUCUCCGCUGAAGACAGCAAUUGGGCCCACCCCGCAACGCGACGGAAAGGCACUCGGUCUGUUUGAUCUGCUGUCUGAGUCUGGGGGGAGUACGGCGACCCCGUCUGCGACACGGGUAGCGAGUGUCAGGGAUACAGGGGCGCAGACGCCGUCGAGGCGGCGGAAGAGGGGUGUAGGGUUGGAUACGAUUGCCGAGGAAGGGGGGGAAGGGGAGGAGGGGGAGGACGAGGAAGACAGUCCGCGGGUGGAACGGACCCCCGCGUCGUCUGGGAAGAAAUGGAUGCUUUCGACGCUGUUCGCGACGCCCACGACGUGGCGGUAUGCGGCUAUGAUGGAGGAUGGGGACGGGAAGGGCGGGAUGAGAGUCCCGGCACGGUCGACGUCUGGACGGUAUGAUGCGGGCGGGGAGGGUGGCAGUGGGGGGUUGAGUCCGAUGGCGGCGAGGAAGAGGCCGCGGUUUGUCGGGAAGGGGCUUUCGGCGUUGGUGCAGGGGCUACGGGACAUGGAGGAGGAGAGGCUACAGGAUGAUUGGGACGUGUUGAAUGAGAUUGAGGCCGAGCAGAAUGCCCAGGUCAUGGACAGUCAGGCAGUGCCGUCGGGGGAACAUGGGCAUGGUGAUUCGGGCCGCGUGUACAAGAAGAAGGGCCAGAAGCGCACGACGCGCAAUGUGCAUAUGAAGCCCGUGGUCUCGAAGCCGAAGGCCCAGUCGAAGGCGGAGCCGGAAUUGGAGCCGUCAGAGAAAGAAGAGGAGGAGGGUGAUCUGGACGAAAGCGUGGUCCCAGAUACGCAGGCGUUGGAUGCACUUGCACAGGGUCCAGAGGAGAUGCUAGAUCUGGAGGACAUGCUGGACCCGGAGGACUUCGAGUCCCUGCAUAGCAUGUCGGAGCCGGAUUUCGACUCAGAUCCCGACUACGACGAGGCUUCGAAGCCUCUGACUCGAGGGAAGAGUUUCUCGGAGAAGAUGAAAGAGGCUAUCGCCGCCGGCAAGCCGCAGCAGGAACAGCCCCAGGAGAAGAAGCCCAAGGCGGAGACAAAGGAGGAGGAGGAAGAUCCCAAGUCCCGUGUCCGCAAGGUCAACCCGGCUGCCCACGCGAAUUACCGGUCGUUGAAGAUCCGGAAUAGAGGCUCCAAGGGGCGAGGCGCCGGGCGCUUUCGCAGAAGAUAGAUAUACCUCGGAGGGAUAUCCACAUCCACAUCCACAUCACGAGCGACGACUACCGCAUACCGCAUCGCAUCGCAUACAUGCAUGCAUGCAUGCAUACUAUACUAUUGUUCAAGAUACCAGUCCAAGCGAAGAAAGCACGUCUAUAUAUCU